UGUUACAAUCUUCCUUCGUUGCUCAUAUGCAAAGGAAUACCAGAUUGAAGCCAAACAUCUGAAGCUGGAAUCUCAAUUAAUAGGAUUAAAAAUGUUAGAUGCAUAUUAUAUAUGAUGCUCUCGGAUGAUUUGACCCUGGAAUGGAUUUAGAAGAGGCUUUUCAGGCGGUUGGGGAAUUCGGCAGACAUCAGAAGCGGAUGGUGACCGUCCUGGUUUUUCUACAGGUGUAUAUGGCAUGCCAGUCCAUGCUGAUAGUUUUAGUGGGUGCAGUGCCAGAAUAUCACAAACAGCCUGUUACUGAAGCUGGGGAUACAACUAAAGGAGUGACAUUUACUGAGGAUGUCAGUUCUAUUGUGACCGAGUGGUCUCUGGUUGAAGAAGAGGCCUAUAAGGUGAGCCUGGCAGGGUCCCUUUUCUUCGCCGGUGUCCUGAUAGGAAAUGUCCUGUUUGGACCGCUUUCUGAUAAGAUCGGAAGAAAGCCGGUUUUUCUUACUGGUCUGUUUUUUGAAGUCUUGUUUGGAUAUGGCACUGCAUUAGCUCCCAGUUAUGAGAUCUUCGCCUUGUCCCGCCUGUUGGUAGGGUUGAUGAAUGGAGGCAUGGCUUUGGUCUGCUUCGUCCUCACUCAGGAAUACGUGGGAAAGUCGUACUGGGCGAUGACAGGAACCUUGACUAAUAUGACCUUCGCAGUGGGCAUCUGCCUCUUUGCCGCUUUAGGUUACUGUGUUCGGCCUUGGAGGAGCUUGGCAACCGCCGCCAACUGUCCUGGACUUUUGCUCUUCCUGCUUUGCGUGACUCUGCCAGAAUCUCCACGCUGGCUGUAUUCUCAGGGUCAUACGAAGCAGGCUGAGGACAUUCUGCAGUAUUUCGCUGUGAGGAACGGCAAAGGCAGAAUUCCAAUUAAACUCCGCCGGACCGUCAGCACUUGCACUCCUGAUGGAUCCAGUCCUGGGGUUUUCCAGCUGGUCACACAUCCCGUACUACGGCGGAGAACUAUGGUGCUCAUGUAUGUAUGGUAUGUCUGUAGCCUCGUGUAUUACGGGUUGACCCUCAAUGCCAGUGAAGAUGAAGGAAAUCGCUAUCUUAGUGUUGCUAUGUACGGACUGGUGGAACUUCCGGCUUACCCUCUCUGCAUGUACUUCAUUAACAAACAGUGGGCAGGCAGGCGGAAGUCAUUGGCUGUCUUUCUUGCCUUUGCUGGUGUGUCUUGUAUGCUCACAAUGUUUGUACCGGUCUCAGGGACCUUUCUGAAUGCCACAUCUCUGGCUCUAGUGGGAAAACUGAUGGUCAGUGCAGCAUUUAAUAUUGUAUAUGUGUACACAUCAGAGCUCUACCCAACCGUGAUCAGGAAUGCAGGGUUGGGUGUGUGUUCCAUGUCCUGUAGAGUAGGAGGGAUUUUGGCGCCAUUCGUGCCGAGCAUGAGAACACUGCAUGCCUCUUUGCCGUUUAUGGUGUUCUGUUUGAGCGGUUUAUCAGCGAGCUGCCUCGGGCUCUUACUGCCGGAAACCCUCAAUAAACCUUCAGCGGAAACACUCGAUGAACUUUCCAGCCCCACCUAUCAGCGAAUAUUAGAGCCACAGUUUGUGAACAUUCCUGACCACAGUGGCUGGUGUCCUAUUAUUGUGCCAAGCGCAGAUUCAAACACUCAUACACUACAGAUGGCGCUUUGCUGAGAGCAGUUUUUCUGAACUUAGGUCACCUUUGACCCGUUCCUCAAGGUGAUGUCAGCAUUGACGCAGAUGAACGGUGUUCAGGUAAACCACAGAAAAUGGGAGCUGGAAGCUUUAAAGAAGCCGACGCAAAACAACCAACCUACAAACCUGUUUUUCCUUUGUUUCCGUCGAGGUUUCCUUGCUGUAAUCGCAGCCUGUGGUGCUGCGUGUAGCUGACAGAACAGGUUAAGGGAGCAGGACUAAUAACUGUUUUCAUUCUUAAACGUGUCUUCCUGCAAGGCCUGGCGGGUGUUAUAUCACAGGGAGAUAAAUAGCAGGUACAGAGGGUGUGUUCUUCUGACUGCAUCAUUUAUAUUUAUACCCUGUGUUCAACCAAACCAAAUAAAUUUGUUAUUGUCUGUCGCAGACAUUAUAAUAAUUACAUGGUUUGCAUCCCACCGAGGUCAGGGAACAUGUAAAAGAUGACUUGAAUUGACAUCUCUCAUCCAUUACUUUUUAUGUUAAAAAAUAAAGGAAAAUGUCAAUCACUGCGCAAGUAAAUAAGAAAUCUGUGUUGAAAAAUGUUCCAUUUGUGCGCUUAACAUAACGUUUUAUCGUUUGAGCUGUCAGUCUGAUUUUGGGGGAGUUGGUAAAUUGACAUAAUUAGAUUUCAAAAACAAUUGCAUAAGAUUUACAUAAGAAAAACUGAAUUCAGAUUUCAGAAAGAUGUGGUUCCCAAGAAUCAAUAAAACAGAAUAAAAA